AUGGGCGCCUGCGUGUACGUCCGGACCGUCGACGAUGCCGGGAAUAUUUCGUCUCGGCUGCUUUGCUCCAAAUCCAAAAUUGCACCCAUCGGAAACAAUCGCACCACGCUUCCUCGCUUGGAGCUUUGCGCUUCUGUGUUGCUGGCCCGUCUCAUCUCCAACGUCAAGGCUGCCAUCAAUGAACCAAUCUUCGAAGUGCAUGCUUGGACCGACUCGCAAGUCGUUCUAGCGUGGCUCAACGGUGGCGCAUCCAGGUGGAAAACCUUCGUCGCCAAUCGUGUGGCCGAAAUUACCACCCAUCUUCCAGCCAUCAAUUGGGACCACGUGGACACUCAUCAAAACCCCGCUGAUCUGAUAUCACGUGGGGCGCUUCCUGAGAAACUCCGAGACAACUCUCUCUGGUGGAAUGGGCCUACCUGGAGCCCAAAUACUGGUCACCAUCCACCCCCGCAAUCCAACGGAUCGUCUCUUACUCAACAACAGGUGCAGCAAAUCGAUCGAGAACAGAAGACAACUGCCGUUUCUCUCGUCGCAGUUUACGAGAAUCAUCUGCUCGACAGCUUGAUGGCCAGAUUUUAUCCGGAUCUGCAAAUGUUGCUUCGAGUCACCGCUCGUGUUCUUCGGUUUCGUUUUACCGAUUCCAGGGAAACUUCACGUUUGCUGCCGUAUGAAAUCGACCGUGCAAUGAGGAUUUACGUGAAGCAUGUGCAGCACCUUUACUUCGAAAGCGAGCUAGCGCGCCUGGAACAGAAAGCGGAAGUAUCUCGACAUAGCUCGCUCCAUCAGCUCAACCCGGUGCUAGAUGAACAUGGUUUGAUCAGGGUGGGCGGCAGACUUCAGAACUCGAGCCUUAGCUAUGACAGUAUGCAUCCAAUAGUAUUGCCGCGGCAAUCGAUAUUCACUUCCUUGGUACUGCAGCACUAUCACGUCACACAUCACCAUUGCGGUCCACAGGCACUGCUAGCAGCGUCCAGAAGGCGAUUUUGGAUAAUCCGUGGGGCCAGCACAGCCAGAAAGAUCUUCCGCCAGUGUGUUAGCUGCGCAAAGGCCAAACCAGCUCCUGUUUCACAAAAGAUGGGACAAUUGCCUCCUGAACGAGUCCAGCCGCAUCCUCCAUUCACUAUUACAGGUGUGGAUUACGCAGGGCCUAUCAGCAUCGUCGGACGUCGAGCGCGUGGAGUGAUUGCAAGCAAGGGAUACAUAGCGCUGUUCAUUUGCUUCUCAACGAAAGCGGCUCAUUUGGAAGCGGUUUCGGACCUGAGCACAGAGGCUUUUCUGGCAGCAUUCACUCGCUUCUCUAGCAGGUAUGGGCUGCCUGCUAAAAUGUUUUCCGACAAUGCGUCAAAUUUCCGAUCUGCGGCACAGCAACUCCGCAGUGUCUACACGUUGAUCAAUUCGUCUGCCCAUAACAACACCGUCACCGAUUUUCUGACGGACAAAGGAGUAGAGUGGAGUUUUAUUCCGGCAAGAUCGCCUCAUCACGGCGGCUUGUGGGAAUCCGCAAUCAAAGUUGCUAAACAGAUCCUUGGAAACCUCACGAAGAACCAAACGCUCACUUUUGAAGAAUUGUCAACAUUUCUAGCUCAAGUAGCGGCCACGAUGAAUUCGAGGCCGAUUACUCCUAUUCCUUCCGACCCAAGCGAUCAUCAGCCUCUCACACCUGCCCAUUUUCUAAUUGGGAGGCCGCUCUGUACUGUUCCGGAGGUGAAUCUGCUGGAGCGACAAAUCAACUCGAUGUCUCGUUGGCAGUUCAUUCAAAGGCUUUCGCAAAACUUCAGGACAAGAUGGCAAACCGAAUACGUUCGAACCCUUCAGCGACUGACCAAGUGGCAGCAGUCUUCACCGAACGUUUCUGUUGGCGACUUUGUGCUACUGUUGGAUCCAGGCUAUAAAGGGAAGCAAUGGCCAUUGGGACGAGUCCUGGAAACAUUCCCAGGAAAGGAUGGACUAGUUCGAUGGUCACAGGUGUCCGGAACAUACAAUGCAUCUGUGCUGCUGAUUCUCCUGCUUCGAGCUACCUACCCAUCCGUCGUCCUCGUCUCCGAUACGACCGACGCCGGUGACGACGAUGUCUUUUGCUCCUUCCUUGGUCGAGCUCGGGACGUUCGGUUGUUCGAUGACGAUGACGACGACGACGACGACGACGACGACGACAGUCAGCAACACCCGUUACCCGAACUGAACGAAUGUCGGCUUUUCUUCGGAGCAGCUCUAACAGAAUUCGUGUCCCGAACAGGGCUAGAUACUAUAACUGGGGAAUACGAACUAGUAGCCAAUAGCCGGCUCAACAAAGAGUGGCGCAGGGUGGUGAGAGCAGAAAUGCAACGAAUUCACCUCAGCACGAAGCGAGUAUGA